UUCUAGGUACAUCACGUGCAUUAGACGUAACGAGCCAUUCUUCUCCGCAGCUCUCGAGCGGUAUACGAUUCUCGGCGUGCAUCACGACGAUGACAAUGAAGACGGUCCUCUUCGUAUUAUGGCUGCUGGUCGUGGCGACACUGGCCGCGCCCCAACUCGGUGGUCCCACUCAGUACGGCAGCAUCACGAUAACCAAACAGGAGGAGAACAACAACAUCGGCGUCGACGGCUACCACUACAGCUACGAGCAGAGCGACGGACAUAAAAAGGAGGAGACCGCGGUGCUGACGAACCCCGGCACCGAAGACGAGGCGCUCGAGGUGACCGGCAGCUUCCAGUACCAGACCCCCGACGGCAAGACCUACAGGGUGGACUAUAAGGCCGACAAGGACGGCUUCCACCCUACGAUCACGCUACUUUAGGCUCCAUUAGCUCGAUCCAGCCGCCCCACUGUGCCUCACUGUCUCAGGAUGACCCUCCUGACCCUCGCGAUCACCUUCGCAAACGCUAUUAUCGCACUGAAGGGAUGGCAUUGUAUUAUCGCUGCUAACCACCUCAAGCAGCCACAUCAAUAUUUACAAUCAAUGCGUUUACGUAGGCACGUGGCCUCCAUAAUUAAUCAAUACAAAUAAUCUAUA